CCAGAACCAGAACCAGAACCAGAACCAGAACCAGAACCAGAACCAGAACCAGAACCAGAACCAGAACCAGAACCAGAACCAGAACCAGAACCAGAACCAGAACCAGAACCAGAACCAGAACCAGAACCAGAACCAGAACCAGAACCAGAACCAGAACCAGAACCAGAACCAGAACCAGAACCAGAACCAGAACCAGAACCAGAACCAGAACCAGAACCAGAACCAGAACCAGAACCAGAACCAGAACCAGAACCAGAACCAGAACCAGAACCAGAACCAGAACCAGAACCAGAACCAGAACCAGAACCAGAACCAGAACCAGAACCAGAACCAGAACCAGAACCAGAACCAGAACCAGAACCAGAACCAGAACCAGAACCAGAACCAGAACCAGAACCAGAACCAGAACCAGAACCAGAACCAGAACCAGAACCAGAACCAGAACCAGAACCAGAACCAGAACCAGAACCAGAACCAGAACCAGAACCAGAACCAGAACCAGAACCAGAACCAGAACCAGAACCAGAACCAGAACCAGAACCAGAAGUCAGAACCAGAACCAGAACCAGAACCAGAACCAGAACCAGAACCAGAACCAGAACCAGAACCAGAACAGAACCAGAACCAGAACCAGAACCAGAACCAGAACCAGAACCAGAACCAGAACCAGAACCAGAACCAGAACCAGAACCAGAACCAGAACCAGAACCAGAACCAGAACCAGAACCAGAACCAGAACCAGAACCAGAACCAGAACCAGAACCAGAACCAGAACCAGAACCAGAACCAGAACCAGAACCAGAACCAGAACCAGAACCAGAACCAGAACCAGAACCAGAACCAGAACCAGAACCAGAACCAGAACCAGAACCAGAACCAGAACCAGAACCAGAACCAGAACCAGAACCAGAACCAGAACCAGAACCAGAACCAGAACCAGAACCAGAACCAGAACCAGAACCAGAACCAGAACCAGAACCAGAACCAGAACCAGAACCAGAACCAGAACCAGAACCAGAACCAGAACCAGAACCAGAACCAGAACCAGAACCAGAACCAGAACCAGAACCAGAACCAGAACCAGAACCAGAACCAGAACCAGAACCAGAACCAGAACCAGAACCAGAACCAAGAAACUAA